AUGUUUCGGUUCAGCAGGAAAAACGUUAACAUGGACAGCUCGACCGUACUGCAGGAUAACAAGAGUGGCUUCAGUAAAGGUUCUAUCGUGGACUUCUACGAUAAAUUGGAGAAGGACGAUGGGGGUAGAACGUUCGGCAUUGAUGAUGCCACUCACGGAGGACUAACCCGCAUUGAGAAUGGAAUGUCAGGAAAAGGAGAACACCGGGCUUCACCCAUCUCGUGUUAUUCACCUCAGAAUCGACUAUUACCGUGGCCUCCCCAGCAUGUAAACGAGAGUUCGAGCUCCUCAGCCAGGAAGGCUCAGAAUCUCGGUCUGAUUUGCGUCGUAUGUGGAGAUACGAGCUCCGGAAAGCAUUACGGCAUAUUGGCAUGCAACGGAUGCUCUGGGUUCUUCAAACGCAGUGUCCGGAGGAAAUUGAUUUAUCGUGUAUAUGAGUCUUUGAAAGACAAAGCAAUACAGUGCAUCGUAGGGAGUUUGAAGCAGCAGAUGAAAGGAAUUAUUGACGUAUUUGCCGUACAAAAUGAGCGUCAACCACGAAAUACAGCAACAAUCAGACCGGAAGCUCUGCGGGAUAUGGAGCAGGGUCGAGUUUUACGAGAAGCAGCCGUUGCCGUCGGAGUGUUUGGGCCUCCAGUUUCGUUGGCACUACUUUCACCGUCUCGCUAUGGGCCAAGCAUCUUGCCAACACCCGCCUUACCGACCAGUCAAUUUCUGCACCAUCAUAGCCAGGUGUCCUCGCUGGUAAAUAGUCUCCCGCACCACCAUCCCCACCAUCCACACCAUGCCGCUAUGCACGGUCUAGCGAACGGACUGUCGAUGAAUCUCAACGGUGUCGGCAUGUCGGGACACAACGGAACGCCCGGCUUGAUUCAUUCGGCUGGAAAUGGCGAUCGGGACCGAGACACCGUAGUUCCCAUGAACAGCAGCAGUGGUGAUAGCAACAACAACAAGAACCCUUCGUCUGGUUCCACCGAGAACCUCAAUACAACGUCGUCCUCUAACCAUUCGAUGGCCGGCGAUCAGUCACCGAGUGGGGCAGGUUCACCAGCACACGGGACAUCCGCGAAUGGACUCGGAACAGGAGGAUGUCCGACUGGCGGCUCAAGCAUGAGUGCCGAGAAGCAUCCACAACACAGCUCGUCAUCGUGCGGAUCGGCUAGUCCUAUUCUGGAACAGGACAACAUGAACGAUAACGACGAUUAUCCAGUGUCCAGUGUCGGAUUUGGAGGUAUUGUUGAUGUCGUGUUGCUGUUGUGUUGA